AUGCUUGACAUUGAAAAGGAAAUGGGUUUUGAAAUUGUUCGACAGAAUGGAUUGGCUUUGUCACACGCACCAUAUCCACUCUGUAACGAUAAAGAAAUUGCAUUAACUGCAGUCAGGCAAAAUGGUGAAGCAUAUCAAUUUAUACGUGAUGAUUCGAAGUUUGAUAUGGAAAUUUUGUUGAAAGCAAUCAAACAAAAUAGGAAGGCACUUCGAUUCGUAUCGAGAGAUUUAUUAUUAGAUUGUGAAUUCAUGCUAACAGUUAUCAAAUUCAUAUUUCCAGAAUUUUAUCAUUUGAAUUGUUUUGAUUAUUCACAAAAAGAAGUCAUGAUGAAACUUGUUCAACUAGAUGGAUUAUUGCUUGACUUUGCAAGUAAUGAAUUCAAGAAUGAUCGAGAUGUUGUUAUAAAUGAAGUCCAAAGUGAUGGCUACUCACUUUAA